AUGGGCGCCGCCAUCUGCCUCCUCAUUCACUUCCUCUCCCCGGAACCCUUCAACGGCGCCGUUUUAGUCGCCCCCAUGUGCAAAAUCUCCGACAGCGUCAGACCCAGAUGGCCCAUUCCCCAGAUCCUCACCUUCCUCGCCAGAUUCUUCCCCACUCUCCCCAUCGUCCCCACCCCCGAUCUCCUCUUCAAGUCCGUCAAGGUUCCCCGCAAGAAACUCAUCGCCAACAUGAACCCUUUGAGGUAUCGCGGAAAGCCGAGGUUGGGCACCGUCGUCGAACUUUUAAGGGUUACCGACUUCCUCAAUCAGAGGCUCUCUGAUGUCAACCUUCCUUUCAUUGUCUUGCACGGCAGCGCCGAUGCUGUCACCGACCCCGAUGUGAGUAGGGAGUUGUACCGCGAAGCCAGGACCCUCGAUAAGACCAUCAAGGUUUACGACGGGAUGAUGCAUUCCUUGCUGUUCGGAGAGACCGAUGAAAAUGUUGAGAUUGUCAGAAACGAUGUUCUGUCGUGGCUGCUCGCUAGGUCUGGUGGGGAAACAAGACUUCAAUGA